UCCCCCAAACAUUUAUUUACAUAUCCUCUUCCCCUGCCAUUUUGAAAGAAGAGGUGUCCUUAUUUCCAUUUAUCCUUUAACACCCCUAUACACAUUCUUUUGACAGAGGAGAUAAGCGCAGAGGGGCACAGACAAGUCCUAGAGACUUGUUAGAUGUCCUGCUGACCCAUUAGCUUUUUCCUCCCGCCCCACAACACCCCAGAAAAGCCAGGAAGGGUGAAGUAGUUCUCUGAGGUUUCUCUCAUUUGACCCCUCAGUGUUUGCAUCUUGCAUCUCAGUAGAGGGGUCCCCCUCAAGCAGUCCUCCCAUUGUUGGGAACGUUUCCCUGAAGUUAGGAGGGAACGAUUGCACCCUUUGGGAGCUGGGGUGGCUCUCCAGGGCUUUCGUCAUGGCUGGUGCCAUUGCAUCGCGCAUGAGUUUCAGCUCACUGAAGAGAAAGCAGCCCAAGACCUUCACAGUGCGGAUUAUCACCAUGGAUGCUGAGAUGGAGUUCAACUGCGAGGUCAAGUGGAAAGGAAAGGACCUGUUUGACCUGGUGUGCAGGACACUGGGACUCCGCGAAACGUGGUUCUUUGGGCUGCAAUACAUGAUCAAAGACACAAUGGCGUGGCUCAAGAUGGAUAAGAAGGUCCUGGACCACGAUGUUCCAAAGGAGGAGCCGGUCACUUUUCACUUCCUGGCCAAGUUUUACCCAGAGAACGCAGAGGACGAGCUCGUUCAGGACAUCACUCAGCACCUAUUUUUCCUUCAAGUGAAGAAGCAGAUAUUGGAUGAGAAGAUUUCCUGUCCCCCGGAGGCAUCUGUCCUCCUUGCCUCUUACGCAGUCCAAGCCAAGUACGGUGACUACGACCCCACUGUUCACAAGCGUGGCUUCUUGGCCCAAGAAGAGUUGCUUCCAAAGCGGGUGAUAAACUUAUACCAAAUGACCCCGGAAAUGUGGGAAGAAAGAAUAACAGCUUGGUAUGGCCAACAUCGAGGCAGAGCCAGGGAUGAAGCUGAAAUGGAGUACCUGAAGAUUGCCCAGGACCUUGAGAUGUACGGCGUGAACUACUUUGCGAUCCGGAAUAAGAAAGGAACAGAGCUGCUGCUGGGCGUGGAUGCCUUGGGCCUGCACAUAUAUGAUAUGGAAAACAGGCUGACCCCCAAAAUUUCAUUUCCGUGGAAUGAGAUUCGGAACGUCUCUUACAGCGAUAAGGAGUUUACGAUAAAGCCUCUGGACAAAAAGAUUGACGUCUUCAAAUUCAACUCUUCAAAGCUGCGUGUGAAUAAGCUGAUCCUGCAGCUGUGCAUUGGAAACCACGACCUGUUCAUGAGGAGGAGGAAAGCAGACUCCCUGGAAGUCCAGCAGAUGAAAGCCCAGGCCCGGGAGGAGAAGGCCAGGAAACAGAUGGAACGCCAGCGUUUAGCUCGAGAGAAGCAGAUGCGAGAAGAGGCAGAGCGGACGAGGGACGAGUUGGAGAGGAGGCUGCUGCAGUUGAAAGAUGAGGCGACGAUGGCUAACGAAGCCUUGAUGAGAUCCGAAGAAACGGCCGACUUGCUGGCCGAGAAAGCUCAGAUCACGGAAGAGGAAGCGAAGCUCCUGGCUCAGAAAGCCGCCGAGGCAGAGCAGGAGAUGCAGCGGAUCAAAGCCACGGCCAUCCGGACCGAGGAGGAGAAACGGCUGAUGGAGCAGAAGGUGCUGGAGGCAGAGAUGCUGGCGCUGAAGAUGGCGGAAGAGUCGGAGCGAAGAGCGAAGGAGGCCGAUCAGCUCAAGCAGGACCUCCAGGAAGCUCGAGACUCUGAGCGAAGAGCCAAGCAGAAGCUGUUGGAAAUAACCAGCAAGUCGUCUUACACACAGCCAAUGAACUCAGGCUCAACGGCGCUCCCUGCUGACAUGCCAACCUUCAACCUCAUCAGCGAAAGCCUCUCCUUUGACUUCAAGGAUACCGACAUGAAGAGGUUGUCCAUGGAGAUAGAGAAAGAGAAGGUGGAGUACAUGGAGAAAAGCAAGCACCUCCAGGAGCAGCUGAACGAGCUGAAGACCGAGAUCGAGGCUCUGAAGCUGAAGGAGAGGGAGACGGCGAUGGACAUCUUGCACAGCGAGAACAACGAGCGGGGCAGCAGCAAGCACAACACCAUCAAGAAGCCUCAAGCCCAGGGCAGAAGACCUAUCUGCAUUUGAGACCUUCCAACUCACCUUGCAGAGCACAAAGUCCCGUGUGGCCUUCUUCGAGGAGCUCUAGUAAGUGAGCCGGUUCUUUGCUCCUGAGCCAGCGCCCGACUGAUGCGGACCCUCCGUUUGAGGACUCAGCCAUAGCCGGCCACGAAUCCCGGCUGCCCCCUGAACUGUGACCCCCUCUUCACGCGUUUUCGAAGAGUUUGACAUGACGCUCCCCUGCUUUGUACUUUGUAGUUUUUUUGGUUUUUAAUAAUCUUUGUAUAACACACGACUGUGAUAUACCAUUUAGCUUCUUCUUUCUUUCCUUUUUUAAAAAGUGUUUGUAUUGA